AUAAACAACAUGAUAGAAACAUCACCACCACCAUCUUUCUCUAUGAUGUUAUUAGUCAUUGUAUCAUUUUUAUCGAUAUUUUCGUUUACAAAUACUCAUGCUCAUCAUUGUAGUAAUGAUUUCUUGUCCGAGGCGAAGAAUAGAAAUCUAAUCAACAUAACAUUUUCCAAGAGAUAUAUGGAAAGCAAUGGAGUUGAAGUAGCCAUGUAUCUACACGAAAACACUCGAAAACUUGACAUAAUGGUGGGAGCUAAGUUAAAAGAAGAAGAAGAAACAGGAUGGCUAGCAUGGGGUUUGAACCCUGGUCCAGAAGCUAGAAUGAUUGGAACACAAGCUCUUAUAGGUAUAAAGACUAAGAAUGAUGAAAAGUUACUUAAGGAUACAUACAACAUUACUAGUUAUACCAAGUUAGGUUGUCAACUAUUGCCUUCUCCUAUUGACUUAAACAUAAGUAAUUUCAAUUUUAUUUACGUUAGUAAACUUAAAUAUCAUGUUAUAUUAGCAACUAUUAUUCUUCCAAUGAAAUAUGAUUUGUCAAGGUUGAAUCAAGUGUGGCAAGUUGGAAUUAAUAUUGGGGCAGUAGGAAAUAAAGAACUAAAGAUGCAUGGAAAAGGCCUCAUGAAUUAUGAUAGUAGUGAAACAAUUAACUUGAGGACAGGCAAAGGUCGAGGCAAUAGAGUUCAUGAAUCUAGCAAAAUAAGACAAGUUCAUGGGAUAUUAAAUAUUAUUGGGUGGGGUACAGUGCUUCCUAUUGGUGUGAUUAUAGCAAGGAAUUUUAGAGAGUUUCCAUUACAUUGGUUGGGUUGGAGAAAAUAUCAUAUUUCAUGCCAAACAAUUGGGUACCUUGUGGGAACAACAGGAUGGGCUGUUGGAAUAUGGCUUGGUAAAGCAUCCAAAUAUUAUUCCUUUCCCAAACAUGGAACUUAUGGCCUUUUCAUAUUUGCUUUUGCCACCAUACAAAUGUUGUUUUUCAAAUUUAAACCAGGCGAUCGCGAUGAAUUUCGUAUGUAUAGGAACAUGUUUCAUCAUGUUGUUGGAUAUUCAUUACUGAUUGUGAGUUGUAUCAACAUAUUGAAAGGGAUACAAAUAAUGCAUCUGGACUACACAUACUGGAAACCAGCUUAUUUAGGAAUAGUUAGCUGUUUGGCUUUCAUCUUUCUUGUUUUUGAAAUUGUAUCUUGGUUCAAAUUUGUGUGUGAUAAGUUUGGGUUUUGGAUCUUAUGUGCUAAGUGCAUACCAAAUGAGGAAGCAAAUGAGAAAAAAGGUUCAAGAGAAGAUGGAAGAGUUCAACCUAGUGAUACACCAAUAAACAACUAAUAGUAGACACAAAUGCUAUUAUGUUUUGUCCAAUUGUAAGUUUAUGUUAGAAGUUUUUUUUACUUCUUUUUGUGUGGUAGAAUGUAGAGGCGUAUUCGGGAUUUCUGAAGGAUUAUGGGUGUAUGCUACUAUCGUUUGAUAUUUCUUUUUAGUUUUUUUUAAUUCUAUACUUGAUACACGUUGAAG